UCUGUAUGUCUGUCUCUCCUCGUUUUAACUCCACUCUUUCCAUUUUCUUUUCCCUCUCCUUUCUGUGUUGAACACAGACCUUGUGUGGUAUGAUUUGAGCUCCAGUCUUUGUGACUUAAAUUCCUACACUCCAUCCAUUACUCCAUGCUGCCACUCAAUUGAUUGGGAUGUUUGUUGUUUCUAGGCCAGUAUCUAAAAUAAUUUUUAUGUUUCAAUUUGUUUUCUCGUUUUAAAGAAAAAAAUCUAUGAAGAAACAACAAUGCUGAAGGAGUUCCAGAUAUCCCUUUCAAUCUUUUUGCUGUUCGCUUGUGGAUUCCUGAUUGAAAUGACCCUGAAGCCCAGAUGUUUCUUUUCUUGCACACCUAUAUACAAGACCAUGAUGAAACCUGAGAACAUUUUCAAACAUGGCAGAAACAUUGUAUUUCUGGAGACCACUGAUAGGUUGGAGCCUUCUCCCUUAGUUUCAUGUGCUAUUGAAUCUGCAGCUAGAAUUUACCCUGAAAGACCUAUAAUUUUUUUGAUGAAAGGGCUGGAUAACAAUUCUAUUCAUUUGCCAUUAAAUGCUACCUAUUCAGCUUUUUCCCUCUUGUCAGCAAUCAAGAAUGUCUUCCUUUUCCCUCUUGAUAUGGAAACUUUGCUGAAGGAAACACCUCUCUUCUCAUGGUAUACUCGAGUCAAUUCCAGCGCAGAAAAGAACUGGGUUCACAUCAGUUCAGAUGCUUGUAGGCUUGCUUUCAUCUGGCGAUAUGGUGGAAUCUACAUGGACACCGACAUAAUUUCUAUAAGAUCCAUUCCAGAGGAUAAUUUUCUGGCAGCACAAGCUUCUAAAUUCUCUAGCAAUGGGAUUUUUGGGUUCCACCAUCAUCACCCUUUCAUUUGGCAAUGUAUGGAGAACUUUAUUGAACACUACAAUGGGGACAUUUGGGGCCACCAGGGCCCUGACCUAAUGACAAGAAUGCUGAAGCUGUGGUGUAAUCUUACAGAUUUUCAGGAGUUGAGAGACCUCAGGUGCCCAUAUUUCUCCUUCUUGCAUCCCCAGCGGUUUUACCCUAUCUCCUAUCCAAAUUGGAAACUUUACUAUCAGGUCUGGGAUGUAGAACCAAGUUUUAAUGAUUCCUAUGCCUUGCAUUUAUGGAACUACAUGAACCACGAGAAGAAAGCUGUGAUUGGAGGGAGCAACACAUUGGCAGAAAAUCUUUAUCGAAAAUAUUGCCCCAUUACCUACAAGAAUCUCAUUCAAGGCAAAUAG